AUGUUUGAUCAGGAAUUCCAGGGUAUCAUGUCCCGUGCGCUUCUUCAUCCUGACGGCCAGCAUACCAUAGAGAGUGCCACUAAUCCAUGUGGUUCCCUAACUCGAGUGGGGAUACAGACUCUUGAGGAGGGCCAGACUAUGGGGAAGUAUUCUGCUGCUGCUAUGGCCCCACGUUUAGGUGGUUUUUCGUCCCUUGAGGGUGCUCCCAGACCCGUGGCAGUUCACCCUUUGACUGUUGAGGAUCAGGAACUUGUUGGGAGGUUCCUGAAGAUAGAGCCGCGCAAGUUCUUCGGCUUGUGUACUGAGGAUGCUUCUGAGUUUAUUAUGGAGAUGCAUAAGAGGCUCUAUAAGAUGCUUAUGGUCGAGUCUUAUGGGCUUGACUAUACCCAGUUCCAUCAGACUUUCUUAGAGAAGUACGUGCUUCGUACUUUGAGGGAUGAGUUUCUCCAUUUGCGACAGCGAGGUAUAACCGUGUCCAAGUAUGAGGCUAGAUUUAAAUUUCUGGCUAGGUAUGCUGCUCAGUUAAUUCCCACAGAGGAGGAGAGGAUUUCGUUGUUAGUGGCCUUGGGACCUUCAUUCCAGGCGGUUGUUAAUCAUGCUGUGAGUGUUGAGUCUGCCAAGUCUCAAUCUUUAGGAGAACCCGAGGCAGAGGCCUCCGAUGCUGUGAUCUCGGCUACUAUUUCUGUUCGUCAUCGACCUGCUUCAGUCUUGUUUGAUCCGGGGUCUACUUUCUCCUAUGUAUCUGCCUAUCAUUCUAUUGGUUCGUAUUUGACUAGUGACCGUCUUAAUAUGCCUAUUCAUGUAUCUACUCUGGUUGGAGACUCAGUUAUUGUUGCACGAGUCUUUCAGUCUUGCUUUGUUACUUAUAUGGGGUAUGAUACUUGGGUAGAUUUGAUGAUGUUAGAUAUGGUAUACUUUGAAAUUAUUUUAGAUAUGACUUGGUUGUCAGCGUACCAUGCGAUCUUGGCUGUCACGCCAAGACAGUCACUUUGGGAUCCUAGAUUAGAGUGGAGGGGUACUCCAAGCCCCUCUCUGAAGAAGAUCAAUUCUUUUCUCCACGCAAAGAAGUUAGUUAGCAAGGGGUGUUUGGUUUACUUAGCCCAUGUUCAUGAUACCAGUGUUGACUCUACGCCUCUUGAGUCCAUGCCCAUUGUUUGUGAGUUCACGGAGGUCAUUCCUUCUGAUUUACCAGGCACGUGCCCCAUUUCUAUGCCUCCUUAUAGGAUGGAACCCGCUAAGUUGAGAGAGCUUAAAGAGCAGUUACAAAAUCUUUUGAGUAAGGGGUUUGUUCGAUCGAGUGUCUCCCCUUGCGGUGCACAUAUCUUAUUUGUGAAGAAGAAGGACAAUACGUUGAGUAUGUGCAUAGAUUACCAUCAGUUGAAAAAGGUCACGAUUUGUAAUAAGUACCCCAUUCCUCGUAUUGAUGACUUGUUUUACCAGCUUCAGGGAAACGUUGUGUCUUUGGAGGGGAUUUUGGUUGAUCCAAAGAAGAUUGAGCUUGUUAAAGAUUGGGUGAGGCCCACUACUGUGACUGAGAUUAGUAGCUUUAUGGGGUUAGCCAGCUAUUACCAUCGAUUUGUGAAGGAUUUCGCUUUUAUUGCUUCUUCGUUGACUAGAUUGAGUCAGAAGAAGGUUCCCUUUUAG